AUGAAAUGGAAGUCUUGGAAGGCCAUGCCUGACGAGAUGCGGAUAGCGAUGCGCUCCCAACUGUUGGUAUACGACGAUGAUGGAGAAGAGCCAGUUGGUUCUUCAGGAGUCCGCCUCCCAGCUUCCUCUAGAUACGCCGCUCAAGUCUGUGGAUCCUCCACAGGAUGCAGGGUUUCAGAUACUGACAGAAACCUUGGAUCAGACUCUCGGAAGGCGCCCAGGGACAUAUUGUUGAGGGAUGGGGAAUGCUCACCGGCGGGAUCCUUGACCCCGAUCAUCGUCGCAAGCAACCAGUCAGGCAACUGCGGCUUUGACGGCAAAGGUGACUAUGCUUGA